GACAACAGAUAGGGGACGCAGUGAAGGCAGCCGGAGGCUGAGGGGCCAAUAACCUCCGACGAGGGAAUCGCUGCAAUCUGGCCCGUGUUUGCUGAUGAUAAUGCGUCUCUCCAAAGCCCUGAUAGACAUGGAGAUGGCAGAUUAUAGCGCAGCUUUGGACCCAGCUUACACCACUCUGGAGUUUGAGAACAUGCAGGUGCUGGCCAUGGGCAACGACACGUCUCCAUCAGACGCGACAAACCUCAGCGCCUCCAACAGCAUUGGGGUGAGCGCACUGUGUGCCAUCUGCGGGGACCGUGCCACGGGGAAGCACUAUGGGGCCUCCAGCUGUGAUGGCUGCAAAGGCUUCUUCAGGAGAAGCGUCAGGAAGAACCACAUGUACUCCUGCAGGUUUAACAGGCAGUGUGUGGUAGAUAAGGACAAAAGAAACCAGUGUCGAUACUGCAGGCUAAAAAAGUGCUUUCGAGCAGGGAUGAAGAAAGAAGCUGUACAGAACGAACGUGAUCGAAUCAGCACCCGGCGAUCCAGCUAUGAAGACAGCAGCUUGCCUUCCAUCAACGUCUUACUGCAGGCAGAAGUCCUUGCACAACAGAUAUCAUCGCCAAUUUCUGUGAUCAACGGAGACAUCCGAGGGAAGAAGAUUGCGAACAUAACAGACGUGUGUGAAUCCAUGAAGCAGCAGUUGCUGGUGCUGGUGGAGUGGGCCAAGUACAUCCCGGCCUUCUGCGAGCUUCCCUUAGAUGAUCAGGUGGCAUUGCUGAGGGCACACGCAGGAGAACACCUGCUCCUGGGAGCUGCCAAGAGGUCCAUGGUGUUCAAAGACAUCUUGCUAUUAGGAAAUGACCACAUAAUCCCAAGGAACUGCCCUGAGCUGGUGGAGGUGAUCCGUGUGGCCAUCCGAAUCCUCGAUGAGCUGGUCCUGCCAUUCCAGGAGCUGCAGAUUGAUGACAAUGAAUAUGCCUGCUUGAAAGCCAUCAUCUUUUUUGACCCAGACGCCAAAGGGCUGAGCGACCCCACCAAGAUCAAGCGGAUGCGGUACCAGGUGCAGGUCAGCCUGGAGGAUUAUAUCAACGACCGGCAGUAUGACUCGCGGGGCCGCUUUGGCGAGCUGCUGCUCCUGCUGCCCACCCUGCAGAGCAUCACCUGGCAGAUGAUUGAGCAGAUUCAGUUUGUCAAACUCUUUGGCAUGGCCAAGAUUGACAACCUGCUGCAGGAGAUGCUGCUAGGGGGCUCGUCAAGUGAAACACCUCAUGCUCACCACCCUCUGCACCCGCAUCUGAUCCAGGAGAAUCUGGGGACGAACGUCAUAGUAGCGAACACGAUGCCUGCUCAGAUGCACAAUGGGCAGAUGUCCACUCCGGAAACUCCACAGCCUUCCCCCCCUGCAGGCUCAGGAUCUGAGCAAUACAAGCUACUCCCUGGGGCCAUCGCUACUGUAGCAAAACAGCCAGCCUCAAUCCCACAACCCACCAUCACAAAACAAGAAGUCAUCUAGCAUCUCCCAGAGGAAAACCAGCCUGUUUUAGAAAGACUGUGCGGGGGGAAACAGACUGACUGUCCCAGUGAAGACGGACGCUAUCGGUGGAUUCACAGGCACAAACGCAUCGGCUUGUUUAUUGGAAUACAGCAGAAGGCUGUCUUUGUGCAGCUAGAGAGAGCAUGUGCCAUGGUCCAGCUGAGAGUUACAUAUCUGGGAGUUAAACUGUAGUGAAAUCAUUAGUCCUAAUACGAAGGGCCAGAACUGAAACUCAUGCCUGCUGGUGACUCUUUUGAGAUUUGCAUUGACUGGCUGUGAAGUUGCACCUGACCAUUUCUUUACUGCCUCGAAGUGGGUUCAAAGCAAACCAGACACUACUGGAAAAAAGGACUUGUCCAAUACAGACACUGCAUUUGAAGGAGGGGCGGAGAUGUCUGCUGCUGUCUUUAAAGCUUCUCAGAAUAGUCCCAAGUUUCAGCCGACGUUAAUGGAGCUAAAAAUUCUCUGGAAAGCAUCAUUCCGGGUCGGGGGGUAUAAUAACCUCUUGUGACAAUAUUUAGGCAAAGCCUGGUCCACAUGGUGAGUGAGUUGGGCUGGGAAAUCAUUGGAGCUUCUGGAUUCCCUGCCAUUUCAGACUUUCCAUAUGUUGGAGUGCUGCUGGGGUUCCUUAUCCCAGCACCAUUAUUCCCUCCCCAUGGCAGACACUGAAGGAGGCAAAGGCAGCAAAUUCUUCUAUUAUGCUACCAUGGCAUAUUUGCGAAUAGGAAUGGAAUGAUGGUAGAGAGUUGUGGGAUUCAGCUAAUGGGCUUGGGAAGUACAGAUACGGGGGCGGGUGAUAAUAUUUGCUCAGCACCCUGAAAUACUGCACAGAUAUCGCUAGGAUGAUUGCUGGGAUCCUGUGCAUGUCUGUGCCUCCUAGUGGUACUCACACAGGUUAACUAUAAGCAAAAGCUUAUCUGCAGCCUGGUCAUGGGAGAUUAUGGUAGGAGGAGACCUGAAGGGAAGUGGGGAGGAUUCAGAGAUGGAGAGAUGAGAGAUGGACCCAAGACACAAAGGUUGGACCAGGAUCUCAUGUUCCUCAAGGCUUGGGAGUGGCUGGACCCAGCGGCUUGAUCCAGGCUCAUCUUUAAUCCCAAAUGAUGAAUUAUAGCCUGGCUGGUGCCAUGUGGACUUCUCCUUCACCACAGUAUAGCUGGUCGAUCACAGAUUUAUAGGGUUUUAUAUCGUGGCAGAGAUAAGUCAUGACAAUCCGAAAGAUACAGACUGCCAAAGCAUGAAGACAAUUAGAAAACCAGGGAACCUCAAACUCUGCUGUGAAGUUCUCAAGGGCUCAGGGAGAGACGUUCUAUUAUGUAAAUGUCCCACCUAGCCCCUGGCCUGUACCCUCGCCAUAGAAGCUCCUGGGUUUUACUUUGCUUGUGUUUUUCUUUUGCUCACUGAAGCCUAUUGGUGCUAUUCCCUGCAGCUCCCCGCAGCACAGGGAAAGAAGGCCAUGAAGCUAGCAAUUUCUCUCUCCCCAAGAACUGAAAUCACCUCCUGGGGAAAUACUAGCUUUUCCUCACCACACACUGUAUUUCUGCAAGGUCUUGGCCUUGUGGGAACAUCAAGAAGUGGUGGAGUCACAACUGCCAAAUGCUCUUGGGACAAAUUCCCAGCUGGUGUAAAUGAGAGCUCCUCUGAUUUACACCUGCUGCGGAUCUGGCCCCUGGAUUUCAAAUGCAAAAGCCAACACCCCGCCCCUGCCUGCGGGUUUCGAAGUAUUGUAUUGUCUGUCAGACCUGAUGGCAUUUUGCUGAGUAAUUUAUUGCAAUGAUGAAUCUAAUCAUUUUCUAUACAUUAUUUUGUAAAUCACAUUGAUUAUUUAUGAUCAGGAAAUUAAAUGCGAACAACUUAAUAACGAGACCGUCUAUUUCCAACUGUAUGUAGAGAUAGUGUGGGGGGAAUAUGUCUCCGUGCACAUUUCAUUCACACCAGACAUCCCCAGUACGGUACAUUAAUUUUUUGCUGGUUACUGCCUUCCAAUGGAAAUAGAGGAAUAUUUCUUCACUAGAGUUUGUAUUAAUAAAAAAAGAAAUAAAUGCAAAAAUAUUUUCUAA